AUUGUUCCAUAUUGAGUUAUUCAAUUUUCGUGGUCUUCAUGUGCAAAUUAUCGUAUUUAUGGUGAUACUAGUUACAUAAAGUAGUUGCUUUUUGAAAGUUCUAUUUCUGUGGAGUGAACUACGUUAAAGCAGGUCAAAAUUUCUCCAGGAGAUUUGGAUCGAAAUUGUGUCGUAAUCAAGAAUUUUCAAAUGGCUGAAGUCACUUCUGACGUGUUCGAUAUUUUUCAUCCGACUCCAGUCCCCCUCAGAGAGUUAUCAGCGAUCGUCAUUAGCCUAGAAAUAUGGCGCUGCGAAAUAAUCAAAUGCCGUUCGAGCAAUACAUUGAAAGAGUUUCGUCCAUCUGGUAAACAGAUCUCAUCGAAAACUACACUCAUUCCCGAAUUACCAUCUACAAUUUAUCCUGUCAUUGAUAAAUAUGUCAAAAUAUUCGGACAUUCAAUGAAUAAGUGGCUAUGGAGACAUUACGAAUUAGUAUUUCAAUUUAAAUUCGACAAUCAAAACUCUGUAUGGGAAUACUUCGAAGAUUUCGUGUGCGAUUACGACGGCAGUAUUCAUUACGCGAGAACUGCCGAACGUAUGAUGCAUUGUGAUCGAUUUAAUCCAGAUCAAAAAUUUCUAAUCGCUUGUUCGUAUUGCUUUGAAGACGAUAUUAGACAAAUUUAUCCAUUUGUAUCGAAUAAGUCGCUCGCGGAGUAUAAUUAUUUCAAUGAUAACCGGCAAUUCACUUAUUGGAUUCUUUCUCUGCAAAGUUCCACGCCGGUAAGCGAAAGGGCUCAAGAGUGGGCGUUAUAUACAUUCAUGCCUCACAGUUGGCCAUCCUUGGAAUAUUUUUGGGAUCGUGUUCCAUCGAAUACUCGUUCGCGAAAAGCUAUCGAUAUUUACAACUAUGAUUUAGCAUCGUUUGUUCGGUACAUUUUACCAAAAUUGGACCAUCAGCAGCUCGAUGAAUUUCUUGAUGAGAAAGCUUGUGAAAUGAUGUAUGCUCUGUUGAGAACUUCUAUUUAUGGCGAAGAGUUUGUCGUACAUGGGCACAUGUUAAAAGUGCGAUGAACGAGAUUGCUUUCGCAAAUCUGAUCGUGAAAGUGGUGCAAAGUGAAGUUAAGGGACGCUAUGUGGAUUCCGGAUUGGAUCCAGAUUGCUGUUAUUGGGUGUACGAACAUUUCGGUGGUUGUGGUCGCGAUCUUGAUAAUUUUCUUCAAUUAUGUUUUGAAAUAUGGAACACUGCUGCAGAAAAUUUGAAACGGUCGGCUAUUAGAGACAUUACAUCGAAUAAUGAAUUAUUUGAAGACAUAAUAGAUCUUAGGUGUGACGUAUUUUCAUCAACCUCGAGUAGAGAAUUAAAGUUCUUAUUGGCUGUUCUUACUCAAGCCACCUAUGAGCAGAGGAACGCUUUCUGGCAUAAUUUCUAUCAAGAAUUGAUUAGAAGUACAAGUACAGAAAGCGAAGAUUUCCAAACGAUAAUGAAACUAUCUUUACGAGACGAAGAUGAGAUAUCUGAAUUUAAGAAAAACAUCAUGGCCAAUGACGAAUAUACAAUUCAUUUUUGUAGAAUGUUACUAAUCAGAGCGUGUUUUGACGAAUUGAAUCAAUUCGUGAGAUUUCUAUUACCAGAAAUACAAGCGGCGAGAAAUUUCAAACAGCGGUUACUAGAGUCUACCUAUAGCGGUGAUCGACGAUGGCAUUUUAAUGAGGAGUUCAUCCAGAAACCUGAAGAAUUCGACGAAUUUAUCAGCGGAGCUUAUAGCGAUGUCGAGUUAUCCACGAAUUUUAAAAAUCAACUUAUGUCGUCACCUUCAAUCCGAAACGAAAUAUCGGAAUGUGCUUUAUUUGUUCCUAUAGAACAGUUUUUCGAAUUCAUUGACUUAUUUGUUUCGAAUGAAGAAAUCUUGCUGCAGGUGAAAACACAUGUAAUUGAUUAUUUAAAGAAAAAUGCAGCUAUUCAUGAACCUAGGGUACCGAAAUCGCAGUUCAUCUCUGUUUUAUCAUGGUGUUUGGAAGAUAAGGAGCAAGUUCCAGAAUUUAUACUGACCUAUGUACGUAAGGUCUAGCUGUGAUGGAAUAAUACGUAUAAAAAUCAUAAAAUAUAGUUGAACGAUUUUUUUUCGUGAAAUUCGUGUUCUGGGAUGAUCUCGUCGUGUCCAAUUUUUACAUGCUGAUUAUCUCUCUUUUUUUUCUUCAAUUUUUCAUUUCAUACUCAACUUUAUUUUAGUACUUAUUGUUGUGUAAAAAAUCCAUAUUAUUUUAUUGUAUGUUAAAUCACGUUAAUCGAUAAUUAAUUACAAUUAAAUAUGUAAUA